AGGGUAUGACGGUGGGAGAGGCGGCUGAGUGGGGCUCUGGGCUCGAGGCUCGAUGAGGAAAGCACAGAUUCCCCAUUAAAACACACAUAAAUUACAUGGGUAAGCACACCUCUGUCGCUCUAGCGGAGAUUGAUGGGAGGAGACGUGUAGCGUGUGAUGUGUGAUGACUCCAUCUGUGUGGGUGCAGGAGGCAUCUAGUGAUUUGUCUGCAUGUCUGUGAGUUUGAUUCUCUCUUUUAUUCUCCUCAGUAAAAGUCCCGUGCAGAAUGACUCUCUCAACACAGUGACUCCUAAGUCUUUGCUGAUAGCGAUGCAUAUAAAGCGCGAGGGAGAUCCACCUAUCCCUUUACAGCCUACAGAUGGCGCUCUUCUCUCUGACAGAUAUCAGACUUUUCUGCGAGUGAGGGCAAACAGACAAACAAGGCUGAAUGUGCGGAUCGGGAAGCUUGGAAAGAGACAGAAGACUGAGGAGAGCCAGGUACGGUAA